UCUAUCCUUCACUAGAUGGCGACAAACAGCCAUCAUCCAUGUCUUCAUCAAACGGGAUGGUGUGAAAGAUUAUUCCGUGCAGUCCUUUGGAGUUGUGCCCAACAGUGAUGACAGUUAAACGGCUUUAACGCACAUAGGAGUACUCGAUGUAAGAUGAACUCUGAGGACAAGUUGGAUGGGAUGCUGCUGAAGUGCAGCAGCGGAGGAAUAGAUGGAGGCGGGAGAGUGUGUCUGGGCGUCGGAGGAGGACUGGUGGUGAUGACCCUCGGGGAGCGAUCGCUGGCAAACCAGCCUCUUUUGGCUGAGGAUGACGAUGACGACGAAGAUGAUGAGGACUUGACUGGAAGUUCGCUGGUUACUCAUGACCUGGUCCCUCCAGAACAGCUGAUGAUGCAGGAGGAGCUGACAAAGAACAGUGGAGAAGGACUAGAAGAGGAGGGAGGAGGCGAGGUUGGAGUGCAUUUCCCCCUAAAACUCACCAAUAAGUUGCCGUUUUCACUUCAGAUGCCACUGAGCAUCAAGCAGGAGCUGAAGCUGUCUGACCCUGGAGUCCAUAUAAAGAAGGACAAAAAGGCUAUUAAGGACAUGCCUGUGUACCCCAAGAAGAAAAAGAGGAAGCAGCGUUCCCCUGCAAAGAUCCUCGGCAUGAAUGAUGAUGGAUCUGUGGCUAUACCUAACCCAAAGUGUCAUGUUUGUGUUCACUGCAAUGCUGCAUUCAGAACCAAUUACCAUUUGCAGAGACAUGUCUUCAUUCAUACGGGUGAGAAGCCAUUUCAGUGCAGCCAGUGUGACAUGCGUUUCAUUCAGAAGUAUCUACUGCAGAGACACGAGAAGAUCCACACUGGUGAGAAGCCUUUCCGCUGUGAUGAGUGUGGGAUGAGGUUUAUCCAGAAGUAUCAUAUGGAGAGACAUAAGAGAACUCACAGUGGAGAGAAACCCUACCAGUGUGACUACUGUCACCAGUACUUCUCCAGAACAGACCGGGUUUUAAAGCACAGGCGAAUGUGUCAUGAAAACAGAGAGAGGAAAACAAACAAGACCGCUGGUAAAAUUGGACCUUUGCAUGAUACAGAUUCUUCAGAGUCUCCCUUCCUUUCCAAAGAGUGCUCUCUACCCAAGAAAAAGCGCCAAAAAUGUGCAGAAAAGAGUUCAGGCUCUUGCAUCACGGUCCUGACAGAAGGGCACACUUUUGCUGUCGAAGAAACAGAAGCGAAGGAAGGGCAGAGUAGGGAUAAAAUCGAAACUCCAUGUAUAUUUGCUGUAUCAUCCAAGGUCAAACAUGAGUAUGUGAUUCCUGACUACUCAGUGGAACUUCCUGAGGAAACAGCCAGCCAACACGAAGAUGACGACGUAUCGUCAGAGGACACAACCCCUCCAAAAAUAGUCCUGAAGAAAGUCCCCAAGAGGAGCCUUAAACAGCCCAGCGAGCAAACCCCUCCCUGCUUGUCUUCCUCACUGUCCUCCUAUGAGGAAGCCGAUAAGGUAGCGCAGUACACCUUUGAAAUUGUGGACAAGCAGGGCCUUUUAGACACUGAGCAUGAGAGCAACACUGAUCUGGAAUCUGUCGAAACUCUUCAAGGAGGAACGACUAAACCGGCAGCAAGUAGCACAAACUACGACGACGCCAUGCAGUUUCUCAAAAAGAAGCGUUACCUUCACGCCACAAUGGCCAACAACAGCCGGGACUAUGGGCUCAACACGAGCGGCAUGUCCUCUCAGCCAUCUGUUACGCAAACCGUGGUGUCGACCGUCAUUGAUGAAACUGUCCCUGCCACCAUCCUGGAGCCCCAGCCCAUCAACGCAGAGAUAAAGGCAGCUCAUGAGAAAAACGUUUUCCCUGAUGAGGUUCUUCAAACGCUGCUGGAGCACUACUCUACCAAAGCUAAUGGGCAAUCAGACAUUUCCUUCAGUGUCACUGAUGCAGAAGUGACUUCAAGCAUAUCUAUAAACUCCUCCGAUGUUUCGAACGGUAGCCCCGUAGAGAGCAUCGGAUCCUCUGGCGCCCAGGCUCAACCGCCUACAGAGAAGGUCAGCCUCCUGCAGGAAUACUCCAAAUUUCUCCAACAGGCUCUGGAGAGAACCAGUCAGAACGACAGCUACUUAACGAGUCAGAGCCUCAGCUUGGUCUCUGAAAACCCCAUGUUAGCCGGACAACCUUUGUUCUCUAACGAGAAACAGUUCUCCUCACCCAGCAGGUUCAAAUCAGGGAUGAGCUCUCCGUUGAGGUCUACUUUGGAAAAGCCUCACUUCGCAUUAUUGGUUGGAGACUCCCAGCACUCGUUUUCGUUUUCAGGUGAUGAGACGACUCCGCCCUCGGCGGUGUCUCCAGCUGAUGAGGACUUUCUGGAGCAGGUCUCACCCUCAAAGAAGUCAGACUCUACGCAGGGGAUACUGCAGACGUUCCAGAUCAACUCCUUUGAUCAGAACUUCAAGUCACAUUUCCAGGCAACGAGAUCCACAUCGUCCUCGCAGUUCACGGUCACCAACGGACAAGUAAGCGUCAGAGGACACGGCGCGGACUUCUCCGAGUUCCCUUUAGUUCGAGUCACUGAGACCAGGGUUCAAUUGAACUCAUCCCCUGAUGUUUCAACCAGCGAAUCUUUUGGCUGAAGGAAAAAACAGGGAAAGAAUUUAAUUUUAGCAGCACUUUAUUUCAUCUGUCUUGUUUUGCCAAAACUAUUCACAACACAAUCAUGUUUUCUUAAAGCGGUUUGAAAAAAUAGUCAUGUUUUGUUUGUACUCAAACCUCUCAUAAGAUACUAAUAAUAAUAACUCAUGAAAUCAUACUACGAUAUGAAAAGCAUUUCUCUAUUGGAAUCUAAGCAGUUCUUGUUCUGGAAUGUACACUAGGAGGUUAAGUGACCAAAGUGUAAUUAUUCUCACAUCUUUGCCGCCAGAGAGUUAUGUUUAAUGGGAGUGUCGGUUUGCCUUGCUCGAAAAAUAAUCAACUCACUCUUGCUGCUUAAUGCAAUAUUUCCACUUUUUACACACCAAUCAGCCAUUAAAUUAUGACUUCCAGACAAUAGAUCCUUGAUGCUCCAUUGAUUUUUGGGUGUUUUUUUGUGGACCCUGCACUGGAUACCUCAGAUCACUUGUCUUCUUCUGGUGGAGGAAUAUUUAGCAACACACUGGUGCAUCUCAAUAUUGUUAAAAUUAUAGCUGAAAAGUUAAUUGACUUCUGUAAUUCAGUUCAAAAACUCAAAAGUAAAUCAUUUGAGAGUUUUAGGCGUUUAUUUCUGUGUAGAUAUAAUUAUGGCUUACAGUUAAUGAAAAUCCAAAAUUCAGUUUAAAAAAACAAACAAAAUACAGUUUUACAUAAAGCUAAUCUAAAAAAGGGUUAAAGAAAUAUCAGCUCUGUUAGAAGUACAGUAUAUACACCCGAUACCUUAUUGGUUCCGCUUUUCUCCCCAGUUAUACACCGAUCCAUCCAUUAUAACUUCUAGGGCUGCACUGAAAUGAAAACUUGAACUGAUAUCCAAUAUUUACAUUGCUGUUAUGACCCAUAGCCAAUUGAAAAAAAAACAACUCUCCACUACUACAUGACCAACUUCAUCCAGAAACAAAUGGCAACAAUAUGGAAAUAAAUAUGAGUCAUUAAAUUUGGCUCAGUUUUAUUUAUCGGACCGAUACUGAUGUGGCAAGAAUGGCUAAUGUUGACUGAUACUGAUGUUUCUGCUGAUUUAUCAUGAAUCAAUAAUAAUUUUACCUGAAUUACUGUUUCAAUAUGGCAGCACCAGUGGCCUUCUUUCUUUUGACUGCACUUAUCCCUUUUGCCUGUGAACUUUUAUUUCACUAAUCUCUUUUUCUUCCACUCAACUUUCAAAUGAACUGAAUUACUUAAAUAAAUUAACUUCUAAAUUAUCUCCUAAUUUACUGAGAUGUGCCUGUGUUUUACUGUAAGUAGAUAUAUGCUGUUACCCAUGUAAGCUUUUGGAGUACAUAAUAUUAUGGCUGAUUGCUGUAUAGCUGUAAUUAAUGUAUGCCUCUUGUUUUCUUUCUUACCUACCUCCCCUUGGUUUUUGUCAAAAAAAAUCUUUAUUCUAGCUCUUGAAAUAAUCACAACAGCACAAUCAUUCUUUAUGUUUAAGUCACUUUAUUCUCACCUAGCAUGGAUGUGUGUAACUAAUGGUACAGGACUGAUUGUAUGCUUGUGACCUAUUUCAUUUCCUGUUUAAAAUUAAGUCCAAUUUGGUUGGUUUGAAAUCCAAAUGUAAAAUUCUGGUGAAAUUUGAGGAGAUUUUAAGUCAUAUGAAUUUUUCCAGACUGUGUAACAAAAAAAAACUAAUCUUGAUUAAAAAGUUUUUGUCUCACUUUAAAAAAAAAUGUUUGGAGCUUCACAGAGCUGCACCCAUAAAAAUGGUUGCAGGAUAAUUCUAAUUUAGGUUUCAAACUAGGUUCAGUUGGUAUUAAAUCACUUUAGGUUUGUGCUUGGUGUACGGUCUGUUUGCACAUUCUUUCUACAAGGAAUGUAGGAUGUACAGUCACUGUCAACAGCUACCUUUUAUGAGACCUAAUGAAAACAUUCGCCACAUUUAGUUUAUUGGAUUAAAUAUAUUAUUCUCUUUGUGUCACUUAAAAGAUUAUAGAUGUUAUUUAGCGUUGUGUCGAAGUAAAUCGGGGUUUUGGGAUUUGGCAAUUUUCUUUCACUAAACGUUAUGUUAUACAGCACAAGCAGAAAUGAUUUGCUUGGUGUUAUGUUUUCUUCUGUGCCUUUCUGUUCUUUUUUAGCACUUCUUUUUACUCGUUCCUGCAAAACUUAUUUUUUGUUUUUUCACUCAGCCUAUAAUAUAAGGCUGCAAAUUCCUCUUGCACAAUAUUCGUAAAUACAUAAGCUAUCAAUUUGUUUAUUUUUACUGUAACUAUGAUGAACUUGGAGCUUUAUUUAAUUUUGCCUUUUAUGUUUUGUUGCUUUUAAGUUUAUGAAAGAAAACUGAAUUUAGUGUCUCAAACUAUUGACAAGAAAUUGCAUUUUAUUCACUGUUUUUGUAGAUUUUAUUGGUUCUACAGGUUUAGCUAGAAAUCAAUCUUUCAGGUCUUAUUGAAAACAUGCAAUUACAAAUGGGUGACUUAUCAUGAGCGGAUCCCUUGUGUACUCAAUCAUGCUCUUAAUUGUACAUAAAUGUGUUUUCUUGAUCAGCUGUAUGUGCUACAUCCAGUUUGGGAUGGUUGUAAAACUCCCUCUUGUUAUAUUUUCACCGACAAUCAGGGACAGAUGGCGCCAUUUUUUUUUUCCAUUUCAGUUGAUUUCCUCAAGAAUGUCUAGAAAAUAUCCUGCUGUAAAUAUGUCGUGUAUAUUUUUAUGUUCUUCAAAGUAUGAAAAAGGAGAAAAUGUGCAAGAGACACUUUUUGUCAGUGGAAGGCAUUGUUAGUUUUCAAGCAUUUCAUGGAUACUGCAAUGAAAUGGAUGCACUGCCAGAGUUGCAAACAGACGACUAACAUAACAAUUCUAUGAAACUGUUUGUAGUUGAGAGAGACUCUGCCUAAAAGUUGUGAUCAACGUCAGAUAUUUAACCUGAGCAGUUAAAAUAGUUUUAGGCUUUAUAAUGACUGAAAGCUUAAGGCAGUUUCUAGUUCUUCACAAGUUACCGGUUUAAUUGUAAGCAAUCUUCAAUGGCACAGUGCAGAUGGGUUCAGCAAAUUCAAUCCUGUUCUGCUUUUGGAAAAUUCCAGUACAUGCCAUUCAUGUCCUCUAUCAUCAAUGCUAAAGUUUAGGUUUCCCUUUUGUCUACCUAUGUCUGUCUUCUGGCCAUAAGUGUCCUUGUAUAAGCUAGAAAAAAUGUGUUUUGUGUAAAAAGAUCUGUAUUAUAGAUUUUUUAUAAAUAAUAUUUUUGAAACAUGUCAUCUAAAGCACUGAUGUGUAAAUGAUACACUCUUGCUACCAUCCUUUAGCUCUUUACUAGUUCCUGUUGAGACCUUUUCGAUUACAAAAUGGGAAUCCAAACAUUAGCAUUUUUUACUUUUUUGAAAAAAAUUGGACGAAGAAGCUUCCUGCUUCCCUUUAAGGUUAAUGAGACAUUAGCUUAAUUUGCAUGGUUGUUGGGUUGGAUGAUUUUUUUUUUUUCAUAUAAUGUGCAGCUUUAAUUGUAACUAAUUAAUCAGUCAAGUUAACCCCGUUUAAUUAGAGCUUUGCUAAAUAUUAUGAUUUGUAGGCAAACUGAUUAAAUUGUUUUGAUUGUUGUGUGUACUGUCCUUAUGAAUAAAAUUAUUCACAUAAUGUGACUUUGAAGAAUUGUUUAAUAUUGCUGAUGAAAAGGUUUGUUAAAAUGCGUUCUCACCAGGUACUUAUCCAUCCAUUGUCUGUACUCGCUUGUGCAUGGGGAGGGUUGGUUCACCUGUCUCAUCAGGUGAAAGGUGGGAUAAAGUCUGUGAUCUAGUUUUGUUUUGGUUGUUUUUUUUUUCCAGUGGAACUUUAAGCAUAAAAAUAAAAAUCCUCCUGGUUUUAAAAUUAUGAAGAAAUUUUCUUCUAUAAAUGUAUUAAUUGGUAAGUUUCCUGUUUAAAUUUGUAAAAAGUAUGACUUACACAAACACAGCAACCCUUUUUGGAUGGAUGUGGACUUAAGGAUAAUACAAACUGCUUCCAGGCUAGGUUGUCUCAUUCUUUAGAUUCCCUUUAUGUUGCGUAAAAAUUUGUAUUUAAUUAAAGAUUUGGUUGUUGGCUUGAUUUAUGCCACAU